UCCACAUUUACAAUUAAAAUAUGACGUUUCACCGGUAAUUAUAACCAGCCUCAUCAGGCGGCAGCAAGAAUUGUGUUGCGACCUUAAAUGGAGGGGGUAAAUGUGAUGUCGGAACUUAUGAACCAAUCAGGUGCGAAGAACAGAGGGGUGGGAUAGAGACCGACCGAAAUUCGGUUUCGGCGCCAAAAGUUGGCAAAUGGCCUCUUUCGGCAUGUUUUCGGUUUCGGCCGAAAGACAACUUUAUAACAUUCGGUCUGAUUUCGGUUUUGGCCGAAACUGAUAUUGACUUUCGGUCGUCAUUCGUCAACCGAAGAUCUAUUUUUAGAAUAUAACGCUAGUGCUACGUCUAUCACGCUGCCUUUAAUUUCCGUAAAUUCCGUAAUUAGUCUUGGCCAGAAAACUAGUUUUGCAUAAAACCUCAACAUUAUCAAAAUUAAUUGAGUGCCCCAGUUGGCAUGAGUGUUCUGCAACUGCCGACAGUUGUGUUUGGGAGUAUAUUUAAUAUUUCUUUGGUGUCCUUUUAGUCUCAUGCUUAUCAUUCGUCCCGUCUGACCAACAUAGGAUUUUUCACAGCAUAAAUUAAUCCGGUACACACCUUCUGUUGUAAGCUUCAGUACCAGAUAUUAGGUUUUGUAUUUUUAUGUACCGUGCUGAAUCUCAAUCGGAUGUUUAUUUUUUCCCACAAAUAUGGCGAGUUUAUUAGUUACUCCCAAAUUGAACAGUAUUUAAAAAAAUAUUGUUUGAUCAAUUUCAGCACUUGUGCUAUUUUAUUUCAUUUUGGCAUUCACUGCCCUAUUGAUUUGUGCAUCAUUAUAACCAUUAAAUUGCAGCAUUUCUUUAACAUGUUUAAUCUCACUCCUCAGACUAUCACCAUCUGACACUUUCUUAGCCCGAUAUAUGAGCAUCUUCAUGAGAGAGGAUUUGCGCGUUAUUUUACCAUUUUGGUCAUGCCCAAGCAGAAUAUCCACGAAUGGGAGAGUUUUAUUCACCUCCACUUCCAUGGUGAACUGGAUGGAUGGGUUUUGCGAGUUGAGAUGAUUUAGGAAAUUAAUUAAGUGUAUCUGUAAGUGUAUAUUUAAAUCGGGUCCAUGGUAAACUAAAGAUCUACCUCUAAGUGGCACGACAGUUUUAGGAAAACCAUUUGAUAAACUUAGCCGGUUGUUUAUAAGUUAAACUCCUAAACAUUUGAAGGAAACAACUUAAUACUUAAGUAUGGAUCAUCUUUACAAGCAUUAUCAUGCCUUUCUCCCAUUACAGACGGACAGAGAUAUGGAAUUUAACACGUUCAACCUUAUUUGGAGAUCGUAAAACAACGAGACAAAUGACAGCUGAAUCUCAAAUAAAAGCCGCAACCCUGGUAGCGACAAUUAAUCAAAUCGCUUAGUGUGCUUUACUGUUCGGCCCAUAUGUUUCUGACCACCCCCACUAGCCCAGCGCAUCUCUUGAACGAUGUUUUCCGUGUCUCCCUGGUUAAUGAGUGACGAGGGUUUAUCAAUUAAGGAGGCGCGUGGUUAAUCACACAGUCCCAAGUCCACGGCGCUGCCAUGAGUCCGAGUGAGCUCGGGUGGUGUGCGUCGUGAAAACCAGUCGACCUCCAGGCAGGCCGGAUGAGUGGAAAUUCAAGAACUUGGUGCUGCCCGUGUGAAAUAUGAAAGGGCCGUUUCGGCUAUUGGUGCUUUACGGUCUGGUGACUGUGGGAACCUCCCAAGUAGACGUGGAGCAGUUCGUGAAUGGGAGCAGGGGGAAAGAGGUCACUCUGAGAUGCAUCUACACGGGGACACACAUACCUGUGAGUAUAUCCUGGAAGAAAGGAAACGGAGACUCCUCAGUGAAUGUCGCCAUUGCCCUUCAAAGUGGUUACAUAAUUUACGAUACCAGCGACUUAUAUGGGCGACUGAACUUCACGAACCUCAACUCUCAAUUGAUGGACGGAUCCAUCCGCAUUGAGGACCUGCGUCUGGGGGACAAAGGAGACUUCACCUGCGCCUUUGUCACUAUUGAUAACCCUCCACCUGAAGCAACAAUCAGCCUCACUGUGACCGUUACCCCGAAGGUCUCCCUGGAGUUGAACCCAUCCCACUUGAUAGACGGCAUGGGGCUGGUGACUGUGGCCACGUGCAUUGCUCAGGAAGGACAUCCCGCAGCCUCCAUCACCUGGAGUGGCCUCGAUCAGGGCAGCUCCAAUGAGACCACAGAGACGGAGCCCGGAGGCACGGUGACGGUGAGGAGCCGCUACCAGAUGGAUCCCACGUACGAGAGCCACGGGCGGACGCUCACCUGCAGGGUGGAGCACCCGGCCCUCGAGUCUCCAGUGGAGUUCCCUACCACCCUCAACAUCUACUGUGAGUAGUGGACAUGUUAAAAAAAAAGUCAGAAAGUCCGGUUGUCGCGAUGUUUGAAUGAGCUUGGAUUGGUGGUCGUCUCCAUUGGCAGCCAUGAGUCCAUUUUAAACAUUCCACGUUAAUAUAGAUUGAAAAAUAAUUUCUUUAGAAUUGUUUUUGUAUUUAGUUUGUUGUCCUUCCCUCGCACCUCCAAUUAU